AUGUUGGCCUUAGAGGCUGCAACUCGUGGUCUGCAGAAGAAACGAGGAUCCUGUCCCCCAUGGCUCAUGUCGCCUUCAGUCGCACAAAUGGCCCAGAAGAAACGGCAAAAGCAGAGCCACCAACCUUGUGACACCGCUGAAACGCCCAACGCCAUCACUUUCGUUCCAGAUGACGGCAAGAAUAUGGAAUUGCCCACGUCUCCUCCACCAAUCAUUCGUGUGGCGUCGAGCUCAGGCAAUCCCGGCUACUCGCUAGGCAUGGAGAGCUUGAGCUUGGGAAGUUACCCGAAUCCUACGGCUGUCGUAUCUCCCACCAAUAUUUGCGUCAAUGCCUCUUCGACCAGUCCCGAGGCGAACGGACGCAUUGCGUUCCAGCGGUUUCGUGGCAUUUCGCCUGACGCGGAUUCGCACGGCGGCACGAGCAUCAAGGAAAUUGGAGGCUACGGCCUCAAAAGCCUCGGUAAAAUGGAAAUUGACGAGGAGGGAGGUGGAGCCACAAUGGAGGAUUUGGAAAUGAUUGCCAAUCUCUUCGGUUCGUGA